AGACGUCUCUGUACACCAUAGAAAGCAGACUGAUCCUCCAAUUUCCACAGAACCCAGGUAGGUAAAGUGUAUGUAGGUAUACAUAUGUCCCAAGUGUCUCUUUCUAAUUAUUAACUCUCUAUGGUUUUCAGUGUUCAUUCCAACUUUGUAAGUAUUUAAUAAUUUAUGUUAUGCUGUUGUUAAGCCAACAUAAUUUCCUGAACAGGGACAUUUUUGACUAUUUGAAAUGGUCUUUGAAUUCACUUUGCAUUCUUGACCAUUCACACUUCAGUAAAUAACCCAGUCAAAUAACAUAACUCGAAAAUGUAUAGCAGUUAGUCAUACAUCUGUAAGUAGAAAGGAGCAUAAAGGUUUGUGCAGUCUCAUAGUUUAACCAAUGCUGUGUGUACAUAAUGAGUGCAGCGAGGUAUGUGGGGAGAAUGUUGGUAUGUGAAGAGAAGUGAUGAUAGAACUGAUAAAGUAGAUGAAAAAACAGAAACAACCUGGAUGGUUGUAAGUGUAGGGUUUAAAUGUAAUGGAAAUGGUGAAAUCUCUAAAGAAACACUUUAAAACCUCUAAAUCUCUACAUUGCAGUACAUCCAGGCAAGUUUAACAGGCGAAAACAAUGAAACGGUUAGCUAGAACAGGUGGAAAAACAUGUCUAAUACACAUUUAACAAGAAGAUUGAGAAAGCAAGAUGCUAAAUAUAGGAAGUCCUCCAUUAGUCUUAUGCCUUAUUUUUCUGGACUAGUCUGUAAUGGAGAGGAACAUGAGUUAACAUCCAGAGCAAAAAAAUGUAUGUAUACUUUUUGUGUUAGCAGGUGUAUAACUAGUGGUUGCUUAUAUGUCAAAAUAUAAGCAAGUGUGUUAAAUAAACAGACACUAUUGGAACUACAGGUGUUUAGUGUCAAAACUCCAACUGUUACAUUUAAUCACUUAGGUGUGCAAUAAUGAGCAAAAUAUCAAGAAUUUUUCCAUUUGAAAAUAUGCCCUAUAUCAGUGAUGGCGAACCUUUUUGAGCCCGAGUGCCCAAACCGCAAUACAUGCCAACUUUUUUUUUUUCUUAAAGUGCCAACACGGCAAUUAAACCUCAACACUGAGGUUUAAGUUUAGAAAAAACAACUUGUACUGUUGUCCGAACUAAUUAACAACUUUUGUUUUAAAAGAACACAACAACAGAGAGUUCAAUUAUACAAAUUUUAAAUAAUGAUAUAAAUAGAUAAAAUUAAGCUUAUAUUUAUUAGUAUCUCCAACAAAUGACAGACUGAAUACACACACACAGUCUGCUGAAUACACACACUCAUACACACAUAGACUGCUGAAUACACACACAUACUGUAUUGAGGGGUGCUGUGUGUGAGGGGUUCUGUGUGUAUGAGGGGUGCUGUGUGUAUGAGGGGUGCUGUGUGUGUGUGUGUGUGUGUAUGAGGGGUGUUGUGUGUGUGUGUAUGAGGGGUGUUGUGUGUGUGUGUAUGAGGGGUGCUGUGUGUGUGUGUGUGUAUGUGUGUAUGAGGGGUGCUGUGUAUGAGGGGGUGCUGUGUGUGUGUAUGAGGGGUGCUGUGUGUGUGGGGUGCUGUGUGUGUGUGGGGUGCUGUGUGUGGGGGUGCUGUGUGUGUGUGUGGGGUGCUGUGUGUGUGUGUGUGAGGGUGCUGGGUGGGGGUAAGGGUGCUGUGGUGGGUAGGGGUGCUGUGCUGUGGGGGUAGGGGUGCUGUGUAUGGGGGGUAGGGGGUGCGGAGGGAAGCUGGGUGUGGGGUGGUGAGGGAUGCUGGGGAGGGGAGGUGUGCUGUGUGGGGGGGGUAGAGGUACUCUGUGUGUGGGGGGUAGGGGUACUGUGUGUGGGGGGCUGGGGUAAAGGUAUUUUAAAAAAAAAGUAUGCUAAAUCAAUAACCCCCUCCCUCCUUCUUACCUUUAAUGAAGGAGGGGGGGGGGACACACAGCCAUCCCUGGUGGUCCGGUGGUGGAAAGCACUGCUUCCUACUCGGAGGCAGGGGGAGGGAUCUGUGAAGCCACUCCCCUGUCCUCCCGUGCGAUGCUGUGUGGAGCGUUGACAUGGUAACGCACGGCAACGCUCCACACAGCUUGCUCGCGGGAGGACAAGGGAGCUGCUUCACAGAUCCCUCCCCCUGCCUCCCGACACGGAAGCAGAGUAGGUGCCUGCCAUUUUGGGCAGGCAGGUGCCUACUCUGCAUUGAUGGCGAACCUAUGGCCGCGUGCCCACAGAAAGGGCCCGGCGUGCCACCUGUGGCACUCGUGCCAUAGGUUCGCCAUCACUGCCCUAUAUGCACAGGUAUGUGUACUUAAUGUUUAACUAUGUAUCUAGAAAUACAAAUGAUCAUAAAGCAUUUUCCUUAUGCAUUUCCUUAUGCAUUUCCCCAUACUAAUAAUAAGUAAUAAAGGUUGAAAAAAUACUCUAGAUUAUGGGAAGGCAAUCUUUGGCAGUGCUGGUAUGCAUUAUGGGAAAUGUAGUCCACAAAAAGUGGAAUGCCAAAGAUUUAUUUCUCUGGAUCUAGAUCCAAAACACUGAUUAAGUAAACUUAACAUUUGUGUAAAUCAAUUUAAAAGAUACCCAUAAAAAAAAAGAUAAAUAAAUUGAUAAAUAAUCAUAGGUAAGAUAAUUCAGAUAACCUAAGGUUUUGAGCCACGCAAGGUCUAAUAAUACACAUCUUAUCCCUUGCAUUACAAUUUAGUAACUUUCCUGAUUUUCUGACUUGCUCUCAGCAUAAUCAGACUCACGCCGAUCCAGGAUCAGCACUAAUAGACUGAAGCCCAGGGUGACACGCCGUGUGGUAAUCAACACCUAUUAAAGUUUAUAUGUACCAGUCAUAAUACUAAUAUUAUGUUUGAAAAUAUAUAGUGCCUACCUGGACAAUAUUACUGUACAGAUCAAACUUUCACAUGCAUACUUGUAUUUAUUGUUUAUUCAACAACAGAUGAAAAACCCAAUCAAGCAAUUCCCACUUGGCUCCAAGAUGGCUAUAUCAAUAUUCCUUUGAUCAAUAAACUGUUAUCAUCCUAUUAAUUAUGAUAGCCCUGAAAAUCAUCCUUUACUAAAGAAGUUUACUGAACUUGAUAGCUUUAAUAGAAAGAAUUCCACAUUACUUUUAUAGUUCAUAUUGUAAAGAACAUUUUCCACAAUAGAACCUGGCCUUUCUUUAAGUUUCAUUGUAAUUUGCACAUCCCUUUUAACAAACAGUUCAAACAGAGAGCUGUUAGUGUUAACUAUGCUGAGAGUUUUAAUUUAUUUUUUUAAGAAAUAUAUAACUAUAUAUUGAGGUAACUUAAGUCACAAAUGUUGACUUCCUUAUAGAACACCAUUAAGUUAGUUGAGCGUCAUCUUUCUUUCAUUAAAAAAAUGAUGAUUCAAACUUUUGAUAUUGAUGGUCAAAUGUGACCAAAUAUGACAAUUGAAUAAUUAAACCACUACUUAUGUUAAGCCCAUAGAUCUGCCUUUUUAAACUAUAUUUUGAUCUGGGUUUUUUUAAAUACUGCAUCAUUUCUGAUUUAUGUCAAUGCUUUGGUAUAAUUCCCAAACAUAAAGAAUCCUGGAAGAUUAAAAACAGAUUUUUACUAAACUAGGUGCCCUUAGUAUCUAAAGGUGAAUGCCAUUUGGCCCUGUGUUAUUUUUCCUAACAUUAUUUAAUAGCUGUGUCAGCCAAUCAUGUAUUUCCUAUAGGUUUCUUGUUAGAUUGAUUUGUUAAUCAAUAUCCAGUAGUCGCUGUUUGCUGUAUACUGAAGAAAUAAAUAGUUUUCAAAUCUGUUUUUUUUUCCUGAUCCUCAUUGACUAAGACACAGUUUUCAAUUUGGGUACUUGCAGUCGAAGUUACUGGUUUUUGACCUUUCAUGGCAGAGAAAAAAUAAUCAUUACAUAACAGCACUGGUCUUUAAGGCAUGUGAAUUACUUUGGCACAAAAUAACUGGUCACACAUGAGAAAUUUUCUUUCUCAUCCUAACCCAUUUUUUUUUUAAAUAUGCAAUCACAGUUGCCAUUUUAUAUAUCAUCACAGUGCCAAAUAUAUCAUAAGAAUAGCUACAAAGUGUAUCCUAAAAAACUAGGAAACCAAUAAAACGUCAUCAUCUAAUUAUUCACAUAACAGCUCUAUAAACGUCCUUUACACCUCAUGAUGCAUCUGCUAUAAUUCAGAAAACUCAUUAUAAUGCUAUUUCACCUUUUACAUUGUUCUACCUUUUUCUACAGCAUUGCCUGAUUAACCAACUAUAAUAAUGGAUUCCCGUACAGUUAUUUCCCUUUUCCUGGUUAUCUAUGGGAUCUGCAUGCUCGCAGAGAAGACACAGGGGAGUUUUGCACAUUUUUACUCACACAGUGAUGUUUGCAAUAUGCAGGUGAUUCUAAUUAUAGCCGCAAUAUCUUCUGUUCUUUGCUGUAGUAUCUAAAAACUAUUGUCAUGCUUUAUUUACUACCAUGUCAAUAUUUAGUUAAAUAUAAGGAAAUAUAGAUUUGCUAAGUUGAUCAAUGGGGAAAUCAGUAAGAAAAUGCUAUUUAGAAUGUUAUAAUCUGCCAGGAUUGAAUGUCUGAUUGUAGCAUGCUCUGAAUAGAUUAAAUCAAGGGAAGGUGCUUGUCAAAAGGUACAAGAUGAACUUGAGAGGGGACAUGCUGUGCAGGUUGGCCAAAAAGUAGUGGAAAACCACCACAUGCUUUUUGCUUUCUCCCCAAAUACUCUCCAUAUUUCCCUUCUUCCUCAGGCAAUUCCUGACCACUCUCCUUAGUGACCUCCAUACAUCUCUACCAAGAUAUAUCAGUACUUAGGUCUCAAAAGCAGUCUGUUAUGGAUUCGAUUAUAGUAGUCCUGCUGUCCCUCCAAGCUGUGCUCAAUUUGUUCAUGACUUGAAGGUGUUCUUUAAAGGGACACUUUAGUCACCAAAAUAGCCUUAGUUUGAUGAAGCAUUUUUGUUGUAUCGAUCAUGCCUCUGAAGUCUCACUGCUCAGUUCCCUGCCAUUUAGGAGUUAAAUCACUGUUUAUGCAGCCCUAGUCAUACCUCCCUGCAUUUUACUUACACAACUUUCCUAAACACUUCCUGUAAAGAGUCAUUUAAUGUUAAUACCUUCUUUAUUGCAAAUCAUUUUUAAUUUAGAAUUCAUCUACCCUGCUGGAGCCUCCUGUAUGUAAUUAAAAUUCAAUUUACAGAGCAGGUGAUACACAUUUUUAUAGUAAGUUACAUCUGAUUAAAAUUGAAACCAAUUUUUUUUUUCUUAAAUGUUGUGUCAGUCACAGCUAGGGGAGGUGUGGCAAAGUCUGCAUAAACAAAAACAAACGUGAUUUCAUUCCUAAAUGGCAGUGAACUAAUCAGCGAGACUUCAGGAGCAUGAUCUAUACACAAACUGCUUUAUUUUGCUAAAGUUUUUUUAGUGACAAUAGUGUUCAUUCAAGGAAAAAAAUAUUUGAAUGCAUCAAAAAUAUACAGUGCCACACAGUGUAACUAAUUAAAGCAUUAAACUUUGAAUGCAACAUAUCAAAAAUCAAUAAGAAAAAGGCUAAAAAGAAAGAAAAGGUAAGAAGGAAAGAAGAGAGGGGGCGGGGUAUUUGGGAGGAGAUAGUAAAGAGAUGUUAUGGUCUAACCUCCCGCGUAAGUGUUACCCGAUUCAAUUCCUAAAUCUGGGAACUCAAAUGGAAUGGAAUUGUAUGGAAUUAUUAAACUUUAUUUAUUAUGCUAAUUAUUUACAUUGUUUAACUUUAAUCAUUAUUCUGUGGCAGCAACGCAGCAAGAACAGAGCAUGUAAGAAGCUUGUGCAGAGGUCUGAGGAAGGGGAUGUCAGAGGUGGAAGUAAUUCUAUGGAAGAAGGUGAUGUAGAGAACAAGGAAGUGAUAAAGGUGAGUGUUAUACAGUAUUCUUUGUCAUUUUGGUUCUUCCUGCACUGCAUGAACAAGAGAUAGGCUGGGACAGCAGCUAUACUUACUUAAAAAGUUUGAGCAAUUCACUCCCUUUUCCAUGUUUAUCAAUAUAGGAAUAACUUGCCAUAAUUUUUAAACCAGUUAUGUAAUUUCUGUUCCCCAUUUAAUGAAUUUCUACUCAGUCAUGUUUGGUGAAUUCUACUGUAAUGUAUUUUGGCCAGAUGACUCUGAAGUCUUUUCACUAAACAGAAGAAGGUUUGUGGUGAAUUGUGAACCGAUUUACAAAAAAUAUGCUGUAAUUGAUUUUUUUUUUCUCAGCUUGAUUACUUUUACCCCAGAUUUCAAAAGUCAAUUUUCAUAAAACAGCUUGGAAAAACAGACACUAUAGUCUACAGCAAAUGUUACUUGAUCUUUUGCAUUUAGUGUGCCCAUUGCAACACUGCCACCACCCACACAACCACCUAAGCCAGAUUCAAUAUGCCAAAGUGAGAGGUUAUACCUUUUCUUUUACUAUAUUGUGUAAUUUCACAGUCUAAAUUGAUCUUGCCCCUCUAUUAUCAAUAAUGCAUCACUAAAAUAAAUCCAUUUUAUUUUACCGAUAUAAACAGUGUAGCAAAAACAAAGGAAUUGUGAUAUUUGCAUUUCUUUACAAUGAAUGCAUAGCAAAAAAACAGCACCAAACUAGUGCCAGUGUGGCUUCUAAGAUGAAAGUUAUAUAGUAAAACGUCAGUAUGUAAGGAGUAUUAAGAAGGGAAUAUUGGAGUAGCAAUAUGUUUUAUCAAAUUUAAUGAAUAUGUCGGACACACUGGACAGUAGUUUGAGCUCUAUUGUUGUAGGAAUUACAAUGUUUCUCUCUUUACAUUUCUCUUUAUGAUUUUCUAACGCUGUUGCUGUUUGCUGUGUUAUUGUGAUCUGACAUCUGUCUUAUAACUUUUAAAUCUGUACUUUAAAUGCCUGAUAUUUAAAACUCACAUUUAUUUCAGUCUCCGUGCUUCUGUGAAGUCAUCAGUUAUUAUGACUUCGUACAAUCAAAGAAUAUUGAGAACAUAGGGUGCAUGUGCAGCAAUUGCUGCAUUCCUCCAAUCCAAUGCUUCUCAUACAAAUGCAUUAAAUCCAGUGUUUCUCAAUGUAUUAAGUAUUACGAGUGUUCAGGGUCAUCAUGCGGUGUGAUGGCACUGAAUGUUAAGACCUUUGAAGGAGAAAACGCCUCUAGUGACUGUUAGUCUGAACACAAAGUUUAAAAAUGGAAACUAUAAGCUUAAGGAAUGUUAACACCUUAAAGACACAUGACAGAAAUAUUCUGUCAUGAUUCCCUUUUAUUCCUGAAGUUGUGUCCUUAAGGGGUUAAGCUACAAAUUCUGCUCUCGAGAUUGGUUUUUCAAAUACAGCACUGAUAGUAGCCAAGCAAAAUGGGACAGAACAUAUAGACUUAAAUACAGUAAGUAUUAAAUGUUCUUUGUUAUUAUAGUAAAUACAGUUUUAAAAGACAUUAUAACAAAUGAAUAUGUGCCAAAGCAUAUAUGCCAAAGCAAUGCCUAAGCACCUUGAUGUCAAGUGGAUACCACUAAAAUGUAUCCUUGGCUUAAAUCCUUGUAAAUAGAAAUCGCUAAAAGGAGGGAGAGUUCAGAAAAUGGAGUACUUCCUCUGCAGGUGAAUCAAAAGCUCCUCUAGAAAAGCAAUGUAUGUAGAAAUAUGGAUACAUAGAUGUAAGAGAUUAAAAAAAAUAGACCAAGAAUUAACUCUUAAUAAUAAAGGAGAAAGGAAGAUUGUACAUAAAAAGAUUAAAAAGCCUCAGAUAGUAUAUUGCUAAUGCCAAAGUAAAGUAAAUCUAUGUAAGGAUAUAUAUACAAUGUUUCCCAAUUUGGCUUUAUUUCAGUAUCCAUGCCACAAGAAACAUUGUCACCAUGCCAUUGCCAUCCAGUACAAAGGUGGAAAAAAGCUUUAUAUAGAUACAUAGGAGGAGUACUAUAACAGCUGCUAAAUAAAAUAAAUGAGCAAACCUAGGUUCUAGCCCAUAAAAUCUCCUUAAAGAUAUAGUGUCGUAUUGUAUUUAGCAGCGGUUAAAUUAUUACCCCUAAGUAUCUAUAUUCUGAUUUUUUCCCCACCUUUGUAUUAUUUUACAUGAUAACAAUGUUUCUUGUGGCAUGGAUACUAAAAUAAAGCCAAAUUGGGAGACAGUGUAUAUAUUUUUGCAUAGGUUUACUUUACUGUGACAUUAGCAUGAUAUUAUUUGAGGUUUUUUAAUCUUUUACGUGCAAUCUUCCUUUCCAUAUAUCUACAUACAUUAUUGUAUUUUUAGAGGCGCUUUUGAUUCACUAGCAAAGGAUGAACUCUAUUUUUUGUACUCUCUGUCCUUUUAGUGAUUUUUAAAAGCCAUUAUAAGCCUUAUUACACAUUGUCAGCCCAUAUAAAUUCAAUAAAUUUACACUGAAGAUAAACACACAGAAAGACAUGGGGGUUUCAUUAUAGAGACUGCAUGAUUAUUCAACUUCAAACAGUAAACUAUAUAUUUUUAGGAAAUGUAUACAGUGAUGAAAUGCCUUAACACAGCUAAAAACAAAGCUCCCAAUAGUCCAAUAGUCCAAUUUGUGUGGGACAGUGUCGUUUCCCGGGUCCUGACCCGCUGUACCAACUUACUUCUGUAGUGUUUUAUUUUUUGGGACACCAGGGAACAGUUCCCAACAAUUAUAACAUGAGCACUAGGACCCUGCAGGGAGCAAUGAAAUAGUGCUCCCUGUAGGGUCUGCCCUCAGUGGGCCAGCUAAAAUGAUUGGCAGCGAGCCUGGUGUGUCUUCACAGCAGGUGGAAUGACCAGUAAUGUGUGUGAAUGUGCACCUUUUCCUGGUUGGUCUGCAUAUUCUGUGCAGGCCUACUUCAUUUUUACAUCACUGGCCUUCCCCCUUUUCCCUUCUCGAACUAGCGUCCCAAUUCUGUAAUUACCGAUGUUGGGAGGUAUGCUGGUGGAAUGUUACAGAAAACAUUAUGUUUUCCCAUAUGACAUUCAUUAGAGUUCGUCAAAUGUAUGCCACAUUAAAGCAAAGUCCACUUCCAAUAAUCAGCUAAAAAAAAAUUGAAACUUAUACACAGUGACAUGUGAAACAAUAAAUGUAAAUGUUGAAGUUAUUUAAAGUAGUCAUGGUGCCUGUAAUCUGUAUGCAUAUACCUAGUUUAACCCUUUGGCUGCAAGAAGUGCAACUUAAUAUCCAUCCGCUACAUGGGGGAGUUGUUAGUCAGACUAACAUCAAUUAUGUGCAAAUAUUUUUGCAUGGUGUGUCAUUUAUUGGCUCAGUAAGGGCAGUUGAUGCUCUUAGCUAAUGAAUGGUAACUGGAUCGCACUGCAGAAGCCAGAAGUUCGUCACCAGACAUGGAAGCAGCCUGUGAGCCUGGUGGGACCCAGGGAAGAGGGCAAACAAUUAAUAAAUGGUAUGCCCCAUUAACAGGGAACAAGGCCAAGGUACUGCGGAAAAUAUAACCAUCCCCAUUUUUCCUGAAUUUUAUUUUUAAACUCUUAUUUAUGAGCAUUGUAAGGACUACUGAAAAGUAUGUAUUAGAACAAAACAUAUGUUUGACAUGAUUAUUUCUGCAGUUUCCAUUCUCACAUAGGGAACUAAAAGAGUGGCCUAUGAGGACAAAUUUGCCCUCAUUAGGGCACUUGCCAAAGCUACUUAUUAUUGUAUGGCAGUCUGCUCAUCUAAAGAUACUCAUAUGAACAUUCCAGUCCAUACCUGGAGAGCAUUUAGCUUGUGUGAAACCAAUCCAAGCACAAACCCACACAGAGCUGAGAUAGCAAAUAGUAGGAUAGCACAUUCUGCUGGCUGCUUCACUCAUAUAGAAACAAAGAAACAUUGAAUGUGAUGGCAGAUAAGAACCGUUUGGCCCAUCUAGUCUGCCCAAUUUUCUAAAUACUUUCAUUAGUCCCUGGCCUUUUGUUAAGUCUAGGAUAGCCUUAUGCCUAUCCCAUACAUGCUUAAACUCCCUCACUGUGUUAACUUUACCACUUCAGCUGGAAGGCUAUUCCAUUCCUCCACUACCCUCUCUGUAAAGUAAUACUUCCUGAAAUUAUUUUUAAACCUUUGCCCCUCUAUUUAAGACUAUGUCCUCUUGUUGUGGUAGUUUUCUUCUUUUAAAUAUAGUCUCCUCCUUUACUGUGUUGAUUCCCUUUAUGUAUUUAAAUGUUUCUAUCAUAUCCUCUCUGUCUCGUCUUUCCUCCAAGCUUUAAAUGUUAAGAUCCUGUAACCUUUCCUGGUAAGUUUUAUUCUGCAAUCCAUUAAUCAGUUUAGUAGCCCUUCUCUGAACUCUCUCCAAAGUAUCAAUAUCCUUCUGAAGAUAUGGCCUCCAGUACUGUGUACAAUACUCCAAGUGAGGUCUCACCAGUGUUCUGUACAAUGGCAUGGGCACUUCCCUCUUUCCACUGCUAAUACCUCUCCCUAUACAACCAAACAUUUUGCUAGCAUUUCCUGCUGUUCUAUUACAUUGCCUGCCUACCUUUAAGUCAUCACUCCUUCAACACUCUUCCACCAAACAGACAACACCUUCUAAUUUGUUCUAUAAAAGAAUGGUCUGAGACUUUUUGUUUUUGUUUUUUUGUCAGCACUUUUUAUUUUUUUUCUUCCUGAGCAUAUGCUUUAUCUGUGCUUUGAAUGAGGCUUCAGAAAGCGAGUUUAUUAUUUUAUUAAUUUUUUCAUAAAAUAAGGCAGAGAGAAUAUGCCGUUGACUCCAAAAUACAUCAGAAAGCUGGAAUGCUUCAGGAGGCUCCAGUGUACUUUUAACCAUUCAUAAUUUAUCUUGUUCCUUCUACUUACUACUGUUUUUGUUUUCUUUGUUUUUCUUUUCUUUUUUUUGUCAGCUCUUCUUUUUUUGUGAUGGGGAAAUGCACAUGUGUAGACCCCAAAAUGUGUAGACCCCAAAAUGGAAUCUUCAAAUAGCUUAAUUUGUCAUGUUUGUUUUUCCAAAUAGCUCACUGGAGUGAGGAUUUGUUUAUUUUUUAUUUAUUUUUUUUAAAUGCACUGAAUUACUGUUUGAAAUCUUUCUCCAGAUGAUGGCUCCUUUGGAGAUUGAUGUAAGACUGGAUUCCCGACAGAUUGAAAUUUAUCGAGAUAUUGUUGAGGGGAUAUUUGGCGAGGAAGAUCAACAGCCAUAAUAUUGUAGAACACCUUCUUCAAAAUAAUUAAAUUGUUAUAAAAUAAAGUAUUUGAUUUCUGUAAUAAAAUACAUUAUUGUGGGUAUAUUUUUGAGUCUUGGUUUCUAAAUAUUUGUGAAAUUAAAAGUGAAAUAUUUUU